AGCCAAUCAGUGCUAGGAAGGAACCCCUUGAUGCCCCUCCUCUAGGACUGUGAAACUGUAAGAGUGGAGAGAGAGUAUGAGAGCGAGGCAGCAAGACAGAGGGAGAGAGAGACAGCGUAGUGUACACACAGGAUCUGUAUGAAACAGCCUGAGAGUGGGAGAGACCGAGAAAAAAGAAAAAUCGCAGAAAACAAAUGGAAGGAAGAAAGGCAGAAGCUGGAACUCAACAAAAGAGAGGGAUACGUUAUAUUUAUUAAAUUAAACGAAGCACCGGAACAGUAAAAAGGGUGGAUAACUCAUCCGAUAAACAUCAGCUCCCCUGAUGCCACGUGGAUUAAAGAAAGUGAGGAAACAAGCGACUGAAAGAGUGCAACACUCAAUUGUACUGGUUUGGAACUGAGGAAAAUAAUUUGAGGAUGUUUUUUUUUUACUUCUGAAAUAAAGAGAUGCUGUUGCUUUCUUCAAAAACAACAUGGUACUGCUUGUAAGUAAUGACUCAUAAAUCCUUUGCGUAAAGCAAACAGAUUGCUUCUCUGAACUGCCAUGAGUGCAGCACUCAGCUCAUACUUAUUUUAACUGAGCUUGACAGAAUGCUGACGUUCUUGAAGAUCUUAUCCAAGUCUGCAGCAGCCAACCAAAUCUUCUUUUAGGGCUCUCCUGCCAUAAUUCAAAUGCCGCAACUAGCAGACAACACCGACUUUUAAGAUUAAGGAGCGCCGAAGUGAUGAUAUCUGUCUCGGGCAUGGGGCAGAAGCUACAACUCUUCAUUGGCUCCUGAACUCCUGAAAGCUCCCUGCGGUGAGAGCUAUCACACUUAAAACUCGAGCAGCUAAUCAGACCUAUUGACAAGCAAAGCAUCGGUACUGGAACUCUUCGGAUGUUUGGAGUAAACUCUGACAUUUGAUUUAGAGUGUGCUUCAGAUCCCAUCUUGCCAUCCCGUCUAAACCACUGUGUUCUUAAUGUGUGUGCAUCUACUCCUGUAGCACUCUGGCUGCUCUGCCAACCUCCAGCAGCAUCCUGACGGCACAAUGCUGUGUGCUCAGGGUGUGGCCGCCCAUCUGAUGCUUAGCUCGCUCCUGUUGCACUUGGCCAGGGCUAGCCUACCUACUGGUUGCCUUAAAGUAUCAGACAUCCUAAGCUGCAGCAAUCUUGGACUGAAGUGGAUACCAAAAGAGUUACCGGUAAUGGCCGCCACCUUGGAUUUUAACCACAACCAUCUGAGCAAGCUAGAGGAAGGCAGCUUCACUGGACUUCCCCAUCUCGUAACCCUGCGGCUGGCCUACAACCAUCUGAGCAACCUCUCCCCUGGAACUUUCCGAAACACAAGCAGUCUGCGCCACCUUGACCUUUCCUCCAAUCAGCUGAGCAAGGUGGAUAAUCAUUACUUCCAAGACCUUGUGGGAAUGGAGGAGCUGCUUCUCUUCAAUAAUCAUAUUGUUAGAGUGGAAAGCAAAGUAUUGACCGGCCUGAGCAACCUGCGCAAGGUCUACCUCAGCCAUAAUCUUCUGACUGACUUCCCAUUCUUCUCCAUUCAGGAGCACAGCCAUCCUUUUCUUGUUACACUGGACCUAAGCUCUAACCGCAUGGCCAAGCUACCAGUUGAGGACAUUGCAGCUCUGCCAGCUUCAGUUCAAGGUGGACUAUUCUUGCACAACAACAGUCUGAUCUGUGACUGUGCAAUGUAUAGCAUGUUCAAGCAAUGGGAGCAAAAAAACUUCAUCUCAGUCAGGGAUUACCAAGUGGAGCAUACAUGCUUAGUAUAUGGGGAACCCCGUGCCACAGUGCAGUUUCUUGAACACACUCGCUUCUUUGAAAACUGCACUGUAAAGGGACAGAACCAGUUGGGGGAAACAGAGAAUAAUGUGAAAGUGGACGUGGGAGACCCAGUGUUGCUGGAAUGUAAGACUUCACUGAAGGGGCAGCAUCUCACCUACCAGUGGGUAUCCCCACACAGGGAAUAUAUUGUCCCACCAGGCAACAAUGAUGCAAUGCGAAUGUAUGCAAAUGGCAGCCUGGAGAUUACUGCAGUACGAGUGAAAGACUCUGGCGUGUAUUGGUGUAUGGCACUGGACCGCCAAAAUUUACAGAACGAGACAUGGGAAGUAAACAUCACAGUGAUGACGCAUUCCCAUGAGCCUGAGCCCUUCAACACUGGCUUUACCACUUUGUUGGGAUGUGUGGUUAGCCUGGUACUGGUUCUUAUUUACCUUUAUCUGACACCCUGCCGCUGCUGGUGCCGCAAGCAGCCACUACCUACAGCACCCAGUCCUGCAAAUGAAUGUAGUGCCCAGUCUUCGAUCCUGACGCCUACGCCACCUGCCACCACGGAGGGUCCCGGCCGCAAGGUCAGUAACAACAAGCAUGUGGUCUUUCUGGAGCCCAUCAAGGAGGUACAAAAUGGGAAGCCCAAGGAGGCACUGAUCUCCGAGAAUCCAAAGGUGCAAGUACUACGAAACAAUGCUGACUCUUUCAACUCAGUCUUUUCAGACACCACUAUUGUGGCAUAGCAUGAGGUUGUCCUCAUCCCCAAUCCUUCAUUCCACUAAAAUAGUGGGUUUUUCAAUGUGGCAGUCUGCAACUUCUGCUGCCUCUCAGGACAGAGAAGGCAGAGGGCUUGACAAGCCAAUUGGCAAAGCAGGGAACAUAGCAAACCCAGGCAAGUAAAGAGUAGAAAGCAAAAAUGGCAAAACGACAGGUAAGAAAACUGAUGUAGCCAUACACUGCCCUGAAUAUGUCCAUCAAGCUUCAAACGGAAAUGUGCACAGUGGUACAGGGAAAGGUAUGCAUGAUGCUUUGGAUGCCCUUUAACCCUGCUUGAGCCUUGAAAGAAUGACAGCUGUACAGUAGAUGCCUUGUUUAGAGCUUAUAUGCCUCUGCUUUGGACUGUAACCCAUUAUUCAACAAAAAUAGCACAAGUAUUAUAGAGGACAGAAUGUAGUAAUUAAUUUUUUAACAAGAAGUCUAAAAUGUAAAAACAAAUUUUAUCUAUAUCUGUUUUUCUACUUAUACUUAUAAUGUGCCCCUUAUAAGAAUUUUGGCAAAUUGUGAGUGUGGAAAAGGCUGAGGGGAAUCAUUUACAUCUUGUAAAUGUUUUUGGUUGACCUGUUUACCAAGUUUGUUACAGAUGCGCAGUUAUGUAGCCAGUACCUAACAUCUAUAGACCAUACAUUGGAUUAAAGCAAACAAACUGUGUACUGGAAUAUACCCCUUGACAUUCCACCACCCUUCCCCAUCCCCCACCCCCAAACAAAUGCCUUCUUUAUCAGUCUCUUAAUAAACCAUUGUGCUUCGACUCCA